GUAAAUGAUCGUGAACUCUGAGCUGAGGCUACUAUCUCCAUCUGCAGAAAAUACACAUGACACACAUAAUCGCACAGCAAGGCUGAAUGUACAGGCAGGCUAUGCACUGGUGUUAAAUGUCGGGGAAGUGAAACGGACCAGAAAAUCCCCACUAUAGCGUUCCUUGACAAUCUGUCUCCCAUUCACAGUUGCAUUUGUUCAGCUCAACAUGCAAGUGAUGAAUUACAGGUGAUAUCAUCAACCUGACAGCCAACCCUGGUCUUGGAAUGCCUCAGGCACUUCAGCUUUUUCACAUAACCUCGAAGACCAGGGCCCGGUUUUCCAAAAGCAUCUUAAGGCUAAAAACAGCUGCUAACGUUGCGGCUGAAGGCAGAGCGGUGCUGCAGAGGGUUCGGAACCUUGCGGCCCAACCGCGCUAUGGUGAAUGUUGGUCUAAUGCGCUGGAGAAUAUCGACGCGCGUUGCAGAGACUUCACAGUUGAUAUACAGAGUAGGAUUGCGCUACAUUUUACCCACUGUCACCUGCGCAAAUCUGGCCGUACAUUCCCAGCAUGUCCAGAGGGCAGCGAGGUCAGCCACUGUACUAGAACUAUGGACGCUGUGGCCUUCAACGCCUACACGGAAUUCUUCACCCACGCCCACAGCAUCUGUCGACACCUGCAGAGUGAGAGCUGGCAACACCAGGCUGAGGACACCAUCCACAGGCUAACAGAGAGCUCAGCGGGGGUGGUGGAGCGAUUGUCCUCAACCCAGCGUAUGGCUGAGAGCCUAGUGGAGGCCCAGAGCGUCGCCCUCAAGUCACAGGAGACGAUCCUACGCAACGGAGAGGAACUCAAACACACUCUCCACCAUUCUACCCAAGGCAUCAGAGCAGUAUUUGAUGAGAUGAGACUGUCAACCCAGGAGCAACAAGUAGCAUUCGCAGAGAUCUUCAACCGUGUCACUUUCCUCCAGAGUUUCAUCAUGUCAGAGUCUCACACCCUCACCAGUCUACUCUACAACUCACUGGGGUUCCUCGUCUCCUUCUUCCUCACCUCGACACAACGGACUGCUCCAGCCAGGUUUGUUCUGUUUGGUCUGGUAGUGCUGAAUGUGUACCUGGAGAGGAUGCUCUGUAGAGCGGUGCUGGACUCCUCUGAACCAGGCUACCAGCAGAUGGAGCAAAUCAGCCUGUUGGUGGGCCUCCUCAGAAGGGCCAUGGUUCUAGUGGGUCUAUUGGCUCUGGUCUACGUUGCUGUACGGUAUCGUAACGUCACCAAAGAGAGCCUGGAGAUCCUCACCCAACUCAAAGAGACUCGUACAAGUCUUCAGCUGGCCCUGCAGAAAGCGGAGUGUCUCUCUGAGGCGGUGGACAGGAGGCGCAGCGGAGCAAGAGGUCGAAGGUCAGAACAACGGCUCCGUAGUAGGAAGGAGGAUAAGGAAGAAAACGACAGCGCUUCAGAUUUCACAUCAGAGAAACCCUACAUGACUCAAACCUAUGAUGGCUGGCAGUAUGACAGCAGUCACAGCACCCCUGGAGGAGAGGAGACCUCCAACCAGACCUCGACCCAGACCCAACGUACCCUGCCCAGCCCUGCAAGACCUCAGCGUCGCUCCUCUGUCUCUAGACGUGCCCCGUCCUCCCCUUUGGUCUACAGUAUACUGGUGGAGGAUAAGCAGACACGCUACAAUCUGAGGAACCGGAGAUCUUCUGUGUCAGGCCUGGGGACAGACAUGGGCCUGGGGACAGACGGAGAGAGGGACUGACAGACCGACUGAUUUAGAUCAAAGUGUACUCAAACGCUCUUCAGCCUUGGCUAAAGGAAUACUUUUAUGGACUGAGAUGAUUCAUGCUUCAACCUGUGGUUCAUAGCAGUGAAGCAGCUGAUCCCACGAUACAUGUGUUAAAUAUUGGCCAUUUUCAUGACCAUGAAUAUCACUGGUUUUCAGGAAUGUAGUAAUGUAAAACUGUCUCAAUCUUGUGUAUUUUAAGUAAAUAAAGCUUUUAAAAUAUU